CGUAUAUUUUAUCUGUAAAUCACUAACACAGAAAAAAUUUUCAGGGCUUAGAAUUUGCAUCACGCUCUCCCUUUGAAUUCGCUGUCGAAAGUUUAAUUUAGUCGGGAACAUUUACGAUGAGCGCUCCAAGCAACAAAAUGUCGGCAACAGAUCAGAUGCGGGCUAUGCUGGACCAGUUAAUGGGUACCACCCGUAACGGGGACGAGCGACAGCUGAAGUUUUCGGAUACACGCGUCUGCAAGUCGUUCCUUCUGGACUGCUGCCCCCACGACAUACUGGCAUCCACACGCAUGGAUCUCGGUGAGUGUCCCAAAGUGCAUGAUCUGGCUUUUCGUGCAGAUUACGAGAGUGCGGCCAAGUCGCGAGACUUCUACUACGACAUCGAGGCCAUGGAGCACCUGCAGGCCUUCAUUGCGGACUGCGACCGACGCACAGACUCGGCCAAGCAGCGGCUGAAGGAGACGCAGGAGGAGCUGACCGCUGAGGUGGCCGAGAAGGCCAAUGCCGUCCACGCCCUCGCCGAGGAGAUCGGCAAGAAGCUGGCCAAAGCCGAGGCCCUGGGCGAGGCCGGUGAAGUGGAGGACAGCAUGGAGCUGAUGAAGGAGAUCGACGAGCUGCGCAGCAAGAAGGUCAAGGCCGAGCACGAGUACCGCACCUCGAUGCCCGCCUCUACCUACCAGCAGCAGAAGCUGCGCGUCUGCGAGGUCUGUUCCGCAUACCUGGGGAUCCACGACAACGACAUCCGUCUGGCGGACCACUUUGGUGGUAAGUUGCAUCUCGGCUUCCUCACCAUUCGAGAGAAGCUGAUCGAACUGGAGAAGACCGCUGCCCCGCGCAAGGUCGAGCUGAAGCGCACGGGUAAGAUACCAGAUCGUGACGAGGAGGGCCGAGGCGGCAGAAAUCGCUACUUUGUAGGUGGCCGUGAGCUGGACCGCCGAUCCCGGGUGCAUCGCUCGCGUUCCAGGGAGCGCCAGCGUCAACGGGAAUCGGAGCGCGGCGACCGGGACCGGGAGCGAGGCAACAGCAGCAGCAAUGGGAAGGCCGAAGGCAGCACUGAGCGUUCGUCCAAGGAGGCGCCAGAGGGACCGGACCGUGGCAGCGGCGGCGGUGGGCAGCGCGGUGGACGCGACAAUGAUCGCAUCAAUCGCAACAAUGACGGCCGGGAUCAUCGCGACCGAGAGCGCGAUGGACGACGGGACAGGGAUCGCCAUAUGCGUAACGACAGAGGACGCUUUGGUGGCGGCGGUGGAGGAGGCAGUGGUGGCGGCGAUCGCCGGGAUGACAGACGUCGCUCUCGUUCCAGAGACCGAUCGCCGCGUGGCGAGAGGCGAAACUACAAUCAUUUCGCUGGUAAUCACAACAACAAUCAUAGCAGCAACAACAAUCACCACAACAACAACAACAACAGACGGCGCUCCUACUCCCGCGAGCGCUACCGCCGUUAGGAGAGGCCCCCUGCGCACGUACGUAGAAAUAAUCCGAAUCAGAAACAGAAAAACAGGCACUAUAAUCUGAAACUAAGAGAACACUAAUGAAGCACUCAGAAAUUAAAAAGAAGAAACCCUGGAAUAAUAAAUUAAUAUAGCCGCUCCUUCAGACAGACACUCCGAUGUAGAGAUGAACAUUUGUAAAUUGUUAAUAAUCUCUUAUUUUUUAUCUUACUCUCCCAACCUCUUAAGACCGAAUAAAGCCUAAGCUCUGUUAACCAAACCGAAAAACCCAAUCCAAUCCAAUCCAACAAAAAUUAAAACUAAUCCCGACCAAAAGCGAGACAGAGAGAGAGAGAGAGAGAAAUGGCCUUACCGAAGCAUACAUACAUAUAUGAGAGUGCAUAUGAUAAUGAUUUGAUAGUCCCUCGAUCCUCGUUGAGAGGGGUUUUUUGGUAUGUAGAGACACACCCGAACGUAGAAGAACCCACCACCCAGUCCCCGAACGACAUCACAUCACAGUGUUGCCAAUUUUAGUAUAGAUAUUUGAUAUUGUAGAAUAUACAUACAUAUAUACAUAGAACUAGGAGAGGACCUCCUCAAACUGACAGUACAGUCCUCCGACUGCCUAGCGAGCCAUUUGCUUCAACAGAAUGAUAUAGUACCCGAUAUAGUACUCUAUGAAUAUCGGGCAUGAAGGAGCUAUAUUUAUAUAGCACAUAUAUAUGUAGCUGUGAAGGAGGGACCUUUUUAUACUAGUUGGUAACACUGUACAAACCCAUUCGACUCGUAAUAUACUCGUAAUAUACUCCCAGCUCUUAGCUCUAUUAUCUCUCUUUAUUGAUUCCAACCGAGGCGAAUCGCUGUACGAGCUUUUGGGGUAAGCCUCAACCAUAUAUAAAAACUCUUUCUCUAUCUGUAAUCUUCUCUACUUGAAGUUCCACAAUUUUGCAGCCCACACUCAGCUUUUUUUGGUACGUAUUGAGUAAAUAAAUAUCCAUUUAAACACCAGAAGACGUACGUACGUCCUACUCUAGCAUUAACGUUAGUGUUGUCUUGGCAGAUACUAUAUACUCAUUCGUUCGUUCGUUCGUUCGUACAUGCAUUUGACAUAGAUAAUAUCCAAUCCAGAUAAUCCAAUAUGAUACACGAUAGCUUUGGGUACGUAUCUACUCCGGCCGUUAAGAGAGAGAGAGAGAAAGAGAGAGUUCUGUAUUUCGUUUCGUUUUGUGUUGGGUACGUAUUAACGUUAGAGAAGAAAUGAUAUAUGUACGAUAUGAUAUGGUAAUGAUGAAAUGAUCUAGAGAUCGCAGAUCGCAGUGUGGUACGUAUGUAUACUGUAAUAUAUAUACAAUACUCAACCGUAAGCAGACAGACAGACAGAAGGCUUUUAUAGGGGUUGUCGGAGAUGCAGAUCCCAACGUACGUAUUCCUUCAAUCUACUCUCAUUCUCUGAACCAAAAACCAAAAUACAAAGAAAACCAAAAUGAAAAUAUGUAUUCUUUUUACUAUAAACUCUCGUAGCGGUUUAAAGGAGUUUUUAACAUACAAUAAUCUCGUAUUUCUCAUGCCAAAUGGUGGUGCUCUCUGCUCUGCAAAUGCCACAGAAUCGAUGCAGCCUCUGGGGGCCACACAGAUCAAGUACAUACUUCAUGCCCAUCUGUGAGUAUUCGGGUCGUCAACUAAAAAAAUAAAAUAAAACAAAACAAAACUACUAUAUAACUAUUACAAUAUAGCAAUCAUUAUAAUAAAUAUACAAACCAAUUAUUGUUGGCCUGGGCCUGGGCUUUCUGCUAACGUUUUCGUUCGUUCGUUUCUUUCGACAGCCAAGGAUUGUAGUGGGAUAAUUGUGAAAGAGAGAAAGAGCUUCAAUAUGUAUGUAUAAAAAGAGAUUGUUUGUGUUUGGCCUAGUUUAACAGUGGGUAAGAAUUAUCAAUACCAACAAAUAAAAACUCUAACUCAAUUUUCUAUCUGAUCUGUCUUAUAUGUCUACUACCUAUUAUCCAAUACAAUGGCUAUUAUUAUUUUUUUUAUCUACUCUUAAGUCAACAUACACGAUUACACCACACACACUCUCAAGUUAUCAACACAGAAACACACACAAGCAAACAAACACACACACACACACACGAAAUCUAUAUUAACUUUUAUCUUUAUUGAUGUAAGUGGAUUGUAAUAAAAUUGCACUUGAAUUAUAA